AUAAAUAAAUAAAUAAAGAAAAAAACGAAAAGAACGAAAACGAAAAAUCUUCUCAUGCACUAAAGCGAAAUAAAGCGGUGAUAUGUCAAGCGGUUUAAAUUAUUACUUAAUAAAAGUGACCGUUAAAUGAACUAAGUUGUGAGAGCAAAAAAAAAAUUGGAAAAAACAUCUAAUAAAUUAUACGCAACAUUAUUAUUUUGAAGACGAUAGUCGCGUAAACUUAAAUAAUUCAAAUUUUGCGAUUUAUUUUUAUUUAUUUUUUUUUUGUUUUUGGGUUUUUUUCCUUCGACGAACUUUGCGUGGAAAUAUUGGACGUCUGCAUUUUCGUCAUAUAUAUUCAAUGUGAAAUUUAUUACGCCCAACCCACCAGUCAAUCGUCAGUGUUCAAUCUUAUGUUAUACUUAGUAUUCCUUUUAUGUAAAAAAAAUUACAAAUUGUUUUACUCUAUCUAUGCAAACAACAGCGAGAUACUAACUAAUACGACUCCUACUGCCUCCAUUGCCUCCAUUGCCAUCGUGCAUGUCUUAUGCUCAGCUGAACAUUGCUUAAGAUAAUAUUCCUUUAAAAGCCAUAUAAGAACGUUAUAUAGCGGCUUCUUUGCCAGGCAGUGUAUUUAGUUGACUGUGAAUCUAUCUUGAUGUAUGUAAUGUAUAUGUGUGUGUGCGUACAUGCCAUAUAUUGUCAGUGAGUGAGUGAGUGAGUGAAUUGAACAUUGUUUAUUCAUUCAUAGUUCUUUCUUGUACGUGAAUAACAAAACAAUGCAAUUGUAGUGUGGCUUUUGUCGUUGUGGUUGUAGUGGUUAGUUACUUGAAUUAACUGAAAUUGUUAACGCGAAACACAUAAACGUCAACUCGGCAAAUUGAUCUAAACUAAAUUGUGCGUUUGGGUGCAUGCGUGUAUGCCCCCCUACCCCCCACCCCCUCCGCGUUGCUUCUUUACUUGUAUUGUUACUUGUAAUUGUGUGUGUGUGUGUAAGCGUGUACGUUUGUAUCGUUAAAAUUCAAGUUACAGUUGUACUGUGAAUUUGCACAAAAUGCUUUUAAUAAAAUUCAUUAUUGUAAGUUUACUUUAUCAUAUGUGCUGCGGUUCCGCAAUCGCCGGAGCGCAGUCAAACAUCCAAGACAAUAAAAAGGAAACAAAAUCUACUGUGAAACAAUCUAACAUUUAUAAUAUUAAAAGACUGAAUGCAGUAACAAAAGAAACAUUAAUUGAAAGGAAUAAACAAAGGCCGCAAAAUAAGCAGGAACAAAAAAAGCAUCAAACGGAAUUAAAGUCUAAUGACCAUUUAUUCGAGGGUGUAACGGCGACGGCGGCGUCUCUUAAACAAUCAAUAAAUCCAAAAAAGUAUAAAAACCUAACAAAAAGUUCGCAUAAACUUAAUAAGAAAAUGUUAAACAAAUUAGGUUUCACUAAAGUUAAAGCGCCCAACAGUCAUAACCGGAAACGUUUGGCCAUCGAGUCACGCCGUCACGCUUCGCCUGAUGAUUCACACAUGUUCAUCAUAAAAUUGCCGCCAAAUAUGCAUUACUAUAGCCAUCCUAAAGCAUAUGCUGCAGCAACAGACUCCAAAAAUUCAUUGACUCCAAAGACGCUCAAACAUGCUGAAGAUGCUAACGGGAAAAAGGUUUCAUUUCCAUUCAGCUCAAAUGGCAGGCCGGGGCGUAUUUACCAUUGGAAUUUGCCAGUUUUAAAGAAAAUGCUGCAAGACAAACAACGUUACCCAACGGCAACGAAUACGUCGCCAAAGAAAGCGGAAAAACUUAUUGAUAUAAAGAACAUACCAACAUGGUCAAAACCGUGGGAGAAUGAUUCCAUUGAGAAAUCUUACGGUCAUGAUGCAACGACAAACUAUAAAAAACCACUAAAACGUAAAUCACCAACGUACUACGCACCAGCGAAUGCAGUCAACAAAAACAGUUUUAAUAAAUAUUUCUCUGGCAAUGGCAAGCCCAAGGGGUUCUACGUCAUUAAAGAGAAUCAGAAAAAGCCGUCAUACUAUAAAAAUAUCAUAGUGUAAAAAAUUUGAUUUAAACUAAGCGUUAUGAAAGAAAAAGAAAA